CCUCGCAAGAGAAGUUCAAGGGGAACCUUGAGGAACGGAAGAUCCCUCCCGUGAUGAAGAGGACACGGUGACUACUUUGAGGCCACGCGUUUUGCUACGUGAAGCAGGAAGAGGCUCCGCCCUCCUUGGUUGGGAGCUAUUAGCGCGACGAAGUGGCGGUUCGGGUCCGAGCCGGUCGGCGAGCGCAGCUGACUUGAGGUGCGCGCAUGUUCGGCAGCAGCCUGAAGGAGGAGCCUCCGCUGGGCAAUAUGGUCCAAGUGGCGGGCAUGAACGCAGCCCGGGGAUGGAUGCUGGGGUGUCCGCAGGGGGGCAGCGGCGGCCUGCUGGACGCCAACAUCGCCGCGCAGAGCGGCGUUGCAGUGGGUCGAGCGCACUUCGAGAAGCAGCCACCCUCCAACCUGCGCAAGUCCAACUUCUUUCACUUCGUCGUGGCGCUUUAUGACCGCCAAGGGCAGCCCGUGGAAGUGGAGAGGACCAACUUCAUCGACUUCAUCGAGAAAGACAAGGAAAGUGCGGGCGAGAAGACCAACAAUGGCAUACACUACAGGUUGCAGCUGCUCUACACCAGUGGUAUCAGAACGGAGCAAGACUUUUAUGUCCGACUCAUUGACUCCGCCAGCAAACAGCCCAUUGUCUACGAGGGCCAAGACAAGAACCCCGAGAUGUGUCGGGUAUUGCUCACGCACGAAAUCAUGUGCAGCCGCUGCUGCGACAAGAAGAGCUGCGGCAAUCGCAACGAGACGCCCUCAGACCCCGUCAUCAUCGACAGGUUCUUCCUCAAGUUUUUCCUCAAGUGCAACCAGAACUGCUUGAAAAACGCCGGAAACCCGCGAGACAUGAGGAGGUUCCAGGUGGUGGUGUCCACGACAGUGAGCGUGGACGGUCACGUGCUUUCCGUGUCCGACAACAUGUUUGUCCACAACAACUCCAAACAUGGCCGCCAGGCCCGGAGGCUCCAGCCGGCCGCCGCCACGCCGUCGUACCUCCUCCAUGGGGCCUCACCGUGCAUCCGCGCCAUCAGCCCCGGAGAGGGUUGGACCAGCGGGGGUGCUACGGUCAUCGUCAUCGGGGAAAACUUCUUUGACGGCCUGCAGGUCAUCUUCGGAUCGGCGACAGUGUGGAGUGAGCUGAUCACGCCACACGCCAUCCGCGUGCAGACGCCGUCGCGGCACAUUCCCGGCGUGGUGGAGGUCACCCUGGCCUACAAGUCCAAACAGUUCUGCAAGGCCAUGCCGGGACGCUUCAUCUACACGGCUCUCAACGAGCCCACCAUCGAUUAUGGCUUCCAAAGACUACAGAAGGUCAUCCCUCGCCACCCUGGAGACACUGACAACCUGCCAAAGGAGGUCAUCCUGAAGCGAGCGGCCGAUCUGCUGGAGGCGCUCUACGCCCUGCCGCACAGCGACCAGGAAGCGUCGGCGAAGCGAGCGGCGAACAUUGCGGAAGCUCUGUACAGCGUUCCGCGAGGCCACGCCCAGCUGUCUGGCACCGCCCACCCCGACGCAACAGGUGUGAGCUCAUUCGCCGGGCAGCGAUGCGUCAACGUGACCGAGCCCUCGCAGACCGAUCGGGGUUUCGUCCGGCCCGGCGGCGGUAAUGGACUAUCACCUCACGCGUACGCAUCUGCCAGCUCCACGCCGCUGCAUGCCGGCUACUCGCACGCACGCACGCCAUCGCCGCACGCGUAUAUCAGCAACGCUGCUGUUAGCAACCUGGGAGCAUCGCCCACCUUCAUCAACGCAUCGACCGCCAACUCGCCUUACGCCGUGGUCCCUUCCAGCCCCACGAUGGCGUCGUUAACGUCUUUGCCCGCCAACUGUUCGGCAUCGUCAACAGCGGUGGGCGUGUUCUCAUUCUCGCCCGCCACGUUGGUGUCGGCCGCCGUCAAGCAGAAGUCAGCCUUCGCGCCGGUAGUCAGACCUCAGUCGUCGUCGCCGCUGCCACCAUCUUGUAGCAACGCCAGCGGACUGCAAGAUGUCAACUUUGCGGAGCCCGUGAAGUUCUCAUCGGGCGCGCUUCAAGGGCUGGCGUUCAGUUAAAUGCUGUUUGUCUUCCUCUUGCUUGUGGCGGCCGUCCCAGGAAGCCCCGCCUCCCCAGUGUCAAGGUGAUGUACGUUUGAGUCACCUUUUGUCUUCCUUUGCACUCUCCAUUUUGGUGCCUCGGUGAUGCUGCGCCAUCUUUAGCAACAGCAGCCUCGUCCACGCACUUCCAUUUGACACCAUGAUUUGUGCAUGAAAGGGAAGUUUUGCUUCUUGGUGUUCAUUCUCUUGCUUUGUUGUGGGUGGAGGACAAUAUAAAACACUUUUCUAUUCUUUUUUUCCACUUUGGAGUGUAAAUGAAAAGUACACUUUUGUGGCAUUGAAUUAAACUUUCCCGUCUGUGA